GGAGCGCCUCUUUGUAAAGGUACGGCCUUUAUUAAUCACAGCGAAAAACACGCCACACCGGGGCCCUCCUGAGCAGAGAUACAAACAUAUGGCCGAGUCGAUGUGGAUAUGCCGUCGAGAUCAGGUUACGAGAGUGCAAUGUUUGAAACACUGUGUACACAGAAAGAUAGAACGGCAAUGACCUUUUUCACAGAAGUUACGAUCUCCUGUUGUAUAAUUAGAAGCGCGUACAGUGUGUGUGCCCUAGACAGUGGUGUGGGGCUUUCAAGAGCAUUGCAGAUUCAGUAAAGCAAUACAAAUGGCGACCAUCUCGGACGUACUACUCCGGUAUGGAGAUGAUGCGUUUAAUUUAAACGACUUCGAUAUCGCCGCUUGUUUUUAUUCCUACGCAACUUCUCAAACUGUUGUUUCUGAUUAUUCAGAAAUUAUCAAAAAGAGAUCUAAAUGUUAUUAUAAGACGGAAAAGUACGAGCGUGCAUUCGACGACAUUGUGGAAAUAUUGAAAAUAUGGCCCUCGUGGAUAGAGGGGUAUAUUUACGCCGGAAGUUGUCUAACUUACCUAAAGGACUUUAAGAAUGCAAUGCUAAUGUACACGCGAGGUGUAAAGUUGGAUCCUGGAAAUGAAAUUAUCCAGAAAGCUUUACUCAAUGUCAAGGCAAAACUAUCAGAAAAUGGUGGAACUACAUAUGAUCCCCUCACCCUCUGUACACAGGACGCAUAUCCGGGAGACGAGGAACUUGUAAAACUGGAACAGGUGAAACUGGAUAAAAUUGGAUUAGUAGAAAUUCCGGAAUUUCUCAGUGUCCCAGAUACCCUUAAACUGAGAGGCUUGGUCCAGAGUGUUUGUAAACACAAAGAAGACGGGGAAUAUAAUCUCGCAGAAUCGUGCUUAAUGGCAGCGAUCCGUGAGGACGCCGAUAACUACAGUUUUUAUCAUAUAAUUGCUGAAAUACUUUUCGAAAAUAAGAAGUACGAAAAGGCUUUCCAGUACUGUGAGAUGAUUCCGAAACAUCUGCGAUCAUUUGAUACCUGGCUAUUAGGAAGUAAACUCAGACAGGCUCUGAAAGUACCUGUUUCAACAGAGUUGUGGUUGAGAAAUGCCACAAAAUUUGGAGGUAAGCGCGCCGAGGAAGCAGCCAUGUUAUUCCAAGAUGUACGAGUUCGACGUUUGUACGAUCCGUUGUCUUCAAGUACAAAUGUCAACAUCCGGUUCACAGAGUUCGGCAGAACAAUGCACUGUACGGAGGAAGUUAAUAAAGGAGCAUAUCUGUUCAGGGAAAAGCCGCUUAUCAUCGCACAAAUCUAUUGACACACUUGAUAUUCAGGCGUGUGGUCAUUGUGGGAAAAGCCUCAUUACAGCGGAACAAUACUUUGGUCAAGGAGUGAUACGACAAAACAACCAAAUCCGGUCAGCUGUCGAAAAGUACUGGCCAAAAAUAGACGUGUAUGCCUGCGAUAAGUGUAAAACAGAAGUUUACUGUAGUGGUUCUUGUCGCACUGAAGCCUGGGAAGAUUAUCAUCAGAUUCUGUGUUCUUCGGUGAACAAAAAUGUUGAAAAGUUGCACCAAGUUUGUCAUCAGUUUAAGAAACUACGUGAAGAGAAUUGUCGAGUCUGGGACGGUGUUUGGAACGCGGCUUUCAGUCCUGUCACAAUAGCACAGCUCUGGGCGAGAAUUAUCUGCGACGCCAAGCGGAUAGCUAAAGCAAGAGGGGGGACAACUCCAGAUCGCCAAGACAUGGCAAAGGCCAAAGCGAAAUAUAGGAGGUUUAUUGCCUAUGGGUCAGCUAAAAACGCCAAAGUUGUUCCGAGGAUGAUGACGAUAAUGCGAGAAAUAUUCAGCGACCUUUCAGACGGCGUUACAUUGGAGAUUACAGAUAAAGAAUUUGAAGGCAGAUAUUUCCAGAUAGCUUGUAACAUUCAGGAGUUCGCGGACCCCGAGCCUCCAUACAAGUUAUUCGUGGCAAAUGCCAAAUCGAAACCGCAGGUCUGGGCAUGCGUCAGUCCACACAUCCGGUCUGAACCUCCGGAGGCGACGUUCACUGGUCUAUUUAUGCUACACGCCUGUAUGAACCAUUCUUGUGACAAUAAUGCUGAAGUUCGCGACCGUUUUGUGGACGGCAAACCCGGAAUAGCAUUACAGGCAAAGAAACCAAUCAGUGAGGGACAGGAAGUGACGAUUUCUUAUAUAGAUACCCGGAUGUGCCGUCAAGAUCGUCAAAGUUGGUUGUACCAAUCUUACAAUUUCUGGUGCACGUGUACAAAAUGCCAGUUUGAAGGGGAUGACGCGAGCUCGUGCACAAAUUGCAAAAAGCAGGCGUCACGUGACAAACUAUUUCCGGCAUGUAGUCGGUGUCACCGAGCAUGGUACUGUUCAUCGCAUUGCCAGAAAGUGGCCUGGAAGAAAGGUCAUAAGUCUAUAUGUAAUAAAUAAGAGCUUACAGUACGCCCAAAUAUCGCAAAAAGUCGACAACGGAGAUAUAUUUGACUCAAAACAGUCAAUUUCAGGAAUAACAGAUACAAUUAUUGUAAACGUACGCGUUUGGAUGCAUUCAAAUUUUGCGCAUACUAAAUAAAAAAAAUUCACAGAUAAAGCGCAAUGAGAAUUUGGUGCACACAAAGUACUUUCUAUAGAAAUAGUAUAAAUAAAAACUCAUUAGAACCAUCAUAAUUUAGAGCAUGCCAAUCGGCGCUGAACAAAACAAAAACAAAAACUGCUGAAAUGAGAAUACCGCUAAAAUGUAUACGUUUACAGUAUAACUACAAAGGAUAACGAUAAAAUAUUUUACUGAAAUUUCCCAAUAUUAUGGGAUUGAUUUCCCUGUGAUAUCGAAGUAUGGAAAAAUGAGCAUAUCCUUGCAGACUAAGAAGAGAUUUCCUGGUUAAUUGUGAGACUAACUCGACUCAUUAGUCAUUACUAAGCUACCGUUGGAUAAAAUGUAUGAAUCAGUUUGAAUAUGUUUCACAUGGGAAGAACAGUAGUUCAGAAUACCAUUGUAGUAAUACGUCACGUGGUUGAUUAAUUACCCUUCCAAUAUAUCGGUCAUGUUUAAUACCUCAUAUGUACGUCUCUACCCUGAUCAUUCCUCGUCAUAUUGUCAAUUCAUUUGAAAAGACAUCAUGUUAAAUGCAAAGGAUCUACAACAUUUACUUACAUAAACGUCGCCUGUUUUAAUUAAUAUAACUAUAUAACGUGUAUUAAAAUCGUAUGAAAGCUCACAAUCGUCAAUAUAUCCUUAAUUGCGAUUAAGACAAUGAAAAUAAAACAAUGUAAGGUAAAUUCCUAAUUCGUUUAUUGAAAGUCGUAUCCCUGAAUUUUUUUGAGAUAUAUAUAAUGACCCCAAUUGCAUUGAUUUAUAUUAUUCUCUAAAAUAACCCUAGUGGCGUAUUGUAACGUAGCGAGGAAAUCUACUCAGAGAAAAUGUUACCUCGGCUGUCUUUUUGAAAGACCGAUACACUGUCCACUGUGCCAUCAAGCCAAAAGGGAAUAUUACAUUAACCCCUUAAUUGCGAGAUUGAGUACAUGGGGCAACGGGCAGAGGUCACUUUCAAAAUUGUAAUAAAUGUUAAUCAUUGAAUAUCGUUUAAUUUCAAGUAAAUGUAUAAUUUAUGUUUGUAUUUUUUCAGGAUUCCAUGAUGAUUUCGCGCAAAUUUAUUUAUAUCAUAACGAGAAAAAAAUAUUUCUAGCUAGCUUGUGGACGCCGAUAUCCAUAUCCCUAAUAAAAUACUCUAUUUCUUAAUUUAUCUAUUUAUUCUAAAUUUAUUCAUUUAUUUAUGUGUAUGUUAUAGAUACAAUAUUGAAAAAUGUAUUGUUCACUGUACAUAUUAUUCAUACAGGAAGACCUCUAUCUGUGACACUGAUUUUGAUGCAAAAUGUUCAUUUGUAUAUGUAUGUGUGGAAUUUAUAGUGUAGUGGUAGUAUAUGCUCCUAUGAAUGCCAAAGACCUCUCGUGACAUUCCCGUCCCUUUUUACACAAAUACUGACCCUAUGACUUUUGAUAGGUUAUUUUAUAUUGUCGGUUUGAUCCUUUACAUAAGAGUGAGUUGAUUUAUCAUAAAAUAAAAUCAUAUUGAUAGUCAUG